GGUGCUAGUACCUUAGUACCUAGCUUCCUAACCUUUGUGCCAAAACGCGUCUCAAUGGGUCGCUGAUGAGCCCGGCGGUGCCGUCAAGCGGGGCCACCCAUCCACCGCGUUCCCCGAUACAGCACAAGACCAGCCAGCCAGGCUGACGGGACUCUAGGAAGCAGGUACCUGGGUAAGGUAUGCGUCCCUGCGUCGGGUGUAUGGUACCUAAUCCGGUACAUCCGCUUUUCAGUUGCAACGCCACAGCCUGAGCAUGAUCUGCAGCAACCUCAUAUCACACCUGUCAUUCAUUCCACCUACUAUUCCAUCUCCUUCCCUUAUCGCGGGGCACGUCUCAUGAGGCAACGAAACACUACCGGCAUCGUCAAUAGUGCCAUCGCCGCCGCCGCCAAUUAUCGCCAAGGCACUGUUCGGAUUCUCUUAGCCCGCGUUGCGCCAGCCAAGGCAUCCUCGUCUCAUUGCCGCCACCAAGGCCAGCCUCUUGCAGCCUUGAACUCGGCCGCUUUUGCCAGCGCAUCUGGCCUAUCCGUCGUGAAAUUCAGCCCUCGCCUUCGUCCACUUACGUCCCCAGCUACCCCAGGCAAGACUCUGCAGCUUCGCCUCUGCGACGUGCGACAUUAUUUUACCGCAGAACCGCAUCGUCUCCAGAGUAGCACCGUCUUCUCCCCAACCCUACUUGUUGUUGUCGUUGCCAUUAUCGUCGCCUCCUGGACUGCAACGCGCAUCGCACCCCUGGCCAUCGACACCACCUCUCCAGAUCCAACCGCGGACACGGACACGGACACGCGCCCAUCUCCAGACACUACCGGCGCCAUGUCUAUCGACGCCAUCGCGCAAGGACAUCUCGGCAAUCUGACACCAGAACAGGAGCAGAAGCUUCGACAGCUGUGGAACGCCUUCUUCAAGGUCUGUGGCAUUGCCGAGGAGUCGGGCUCAUCCGUCGAUGGUGCUACAACAGAGACGCCGUCCAAGGUAUCAACCGUGAAGGAGUCCGAGGCCCCUCAGAAGAAACGCUUUAGUCUCUUCCGCUGGGGAGGCAACGAGAGCACAGAAGGCUCCACUGGAACCAAGGCGGCCGAGCCAGAUGACAAUGACAAGUAUGGGCAGACCAAGGACUAUCAUAAGACCUUAGAAAACAACAGUCCGGAGUCUAUCCGGCAAACAAUCUGGUCCAUGGUGAAGCACGACCAUCCAGAUGCCCUUCUCUUGCGAUUCCUUCGAGCUCGGAAGUGGGACGUGGAAAAGGCCCUGGUAAUGCUCAUAUCCGCUAUGAACUGGAGGCAUAACCAGAUGAACCUGGACGAUGACAUCAUGAAGAACGGCGAGGCCGGGGCCAUCGAAGACGAGAAGAAUGGCAAUGCGAGCGCCAAAAAGCGGGGGGUUGACUUCAUGGCCCAGUUACGCAUGGGCAAGAGCUUCCUCCAUGGUACUGACAAAGAGGGCAGACCGAUCUGUAUUGUGCGAGUUCGUCUGCACAAGCCAGGUGAACAGUCCUCAGAGAGCCUCGAGAGGUACACGGUCUUUAUUAUUGAAACAGCCCGCCUAGUUCUCGAGCCUCCUGUCGACACUGCGACCAUCAUUUUUGACAUGAGUGACUUCACGCUGUCCAACAUGGACUAUCAGCCAGUCAAGUUCAUGGUGCAAUGCUUCGAGGCGAACUAUCCGGAGUCGCUCGGCGCCGUUCUCGUACACAACGCGCCUUGGGUGUUUCAGGGUAUCUGGAAGAUCAUCCGCGGUUGGCUUGAUCCGGUCGUCGCCGCCAAGGUUCACUUCACUAAUUAUCGAGCCGGUUUGGAGGAGUUCAUCCCUCCGGACCACAUCAUUAAGGAACUUGAUGGCGAUGAAGAUUGGAAGUACAAGUACAAGGAGCCGGCUGAGGGCGAGAAUGAAGCCAUGAAGGAUACGGAGACGCGUGAACGGCUCCUCAAAGCCAGGGCUGUACUCUACGGCGAGUUCGAGGCGGCAACCCGAACCUGGAUCCGUUCCGCAGACUCUGAGCAGGGCAAGCAAGCAAAGGCCGAGCGAGAACAGGUUGCCGAGAAGCUACGGGUAGGCUAUUGGGGCCUUGAUCCAUACAUCCGGUCACGGUCACUGUAUGACCGCACAGGAGACAUUCUCCCUAGCGGCAAGGUUAACUGGUACAAUAAAGCGGACACGGGGUCGACCAAGGAGGCCGGCAACGAUAACAAAGCCCAGGCAUAGCGCACGAGCCCGUGCGAGAUCUGGAAGGGUGCCGUUGUGGAAGAGGAGGAUAUCAGCUCUGAUCCUGUGAAUCGGGUGUUACCUGCAGAGAAAAAGGCGUAUACGGUCGCCUGGUCGGGUUGUUAUAUCCUACGAAGCAUCUGAAGGGAAUUGGUACCUUAGGACAGUUGUUCACCUAGUAUCCUAAGUCUGGUACUAGAUUGACAACCCCUCUCACCAAACAUGUCACGAGACACGACCCUGCCGA